AGGCUAUUAAUAUAUUUCCCUCGAUGAAAUUAGCUUAGUUCCCAAUAGGACUUUCUGCAAGGAAGAGAUAACAAACUGGGUCCCUCUACGAGAAGCACACCACCAGUAGAAAUGAGCUUCCUGAUCCGCAAACAUCAUUGGUCGAGACGGGUGCGCGAGCAAGAAAACCUUAUCGAACAUACCUCGUCCUCAGGUCUGUAGACCUUCUUGAGAGCAUCAGCACACCCUUCACAACCUUCAUCAGUCUUCAUCGACUUUCAUCACCCUUCAGCACCUCUCCUCCCGCGCCUCAUCUUCAUCUUCAUCCUCAUCGGUCUGUAGCUAUAAAAACCCCUCCCUUCCGCUUCUUUCGCUUUUUCCGCAACUCCAUCUCUCCUCAUCCCCUUCCGCUCUCUCACCCCACUCUACAUAACACAUCCUAUAUCACACCAUGUCUUCCCCCAUUGAGGUUGUCAACAUGUCCCCCGAGGACUACCGCAAGCGCAAGGUCGCCCUCAUCACUGGUAUCACCGGUCAGGAUGGUUCUUACCUCGCUGAGCUCUUGAUCGAGAAGGGCUAUCAGGUCCACGGAAUCAUCCGCCGCUCGUCCUCCUUCAACACCGGCAGAAUUGAGCAUCUCUACAAGGAUGCCCACGAGAACCCCAAGAUGCGUCUUCACCAUGGUGACUUGACCGACUCGACCUGCCUCGUCCACAUCAUCUCCAAGAUCCUCCCUACCGAGGUCUACAACUUGGGUGCUCAGUCCCACGUCAAGGUCUCGUUCGAUAUGUCCGAGUACACUGCUGAUGUCGAUGCCGUCGGAACUCUCCGUCUCCUCGAUGCCAUCCGCACUUGCGGUCUUGCCCACCUCGUCCGCUUCUACCAGGCUUCCACCUCCGAGUUGUACGGAAAGGUCCAGGAGAUCCCCCAGAGCGAGACUACUCCCUUCUAUCCUCGCUCUCCCUAUGGUGUCGCUAAGAUGUACGCUUACUGGAUCACGAUCAACUACCGCGAGGCCUACAACAUGUACGCCUGCAACGGUAUCCUCUUCAACCACGAGUCCCCUCGCCGUGGCCGUACCUUCGUCACUCGCAAGAUCACUUGCGCCGUCGCCUCGAUCCACCUCGGCAAGCAGGAGUGCCUCUAUCUCGGUAACUUGGAUGCCAAGCGUGAUUGGGGUCACGCCCGUGACUACGUCGAGGGCAUGUGGAGAAUGCUCCAGCAGGAGACCGCAGACGAUUUCGUCCUCGCCACUGGAGAGAUGCACACUGUUCGCGAGUUUGUCGAGAAGUCCUUCAAGGCUACUGGCAAGACCAUUCGUUGGGAGGGCACUGCCGAGGAGGAGGUCGGUAUCGAUGAUGAUGGCAAGAUCCGCGUCCGUGUUGACCCAGCCUACUACCGUCCCACCGAGGUCGAGUUGCUCUUGGGUAACCCUAAGAAGGCCAACGAGAAGUUGGGCUGGAAGCGCCAGGUCGAGUUCGAUGCCUUGGUUGAGGAGAUGAUUAAGGCUGACUUGGUUGGUGUUGCUGCCGGCGAUGUUUUCAACUAAGUGAUUCCGUUGGAUCCUUUCUUUCGCUCCUACUUGUUGUUACUUUGUAAUUUUGUAUUCAUACUCCAUCCCAACAUAGAAUUCAUACCUAAUCUUCUCGCCCUCUCCUCAUCCUCAUCUUCUCCCCGAUAAGAAAAAAAAAGUUCAUUUUGUAGAAAAUAAUUAAAGCAAUAAUUAAAGCAAAACCAUGCUGCUGUUGA